AUGGCCGACUCUUCCAUUUCCUUCCUGCCCCUCGGCGCCAUUAUUCAGUCUAUUGUCGUCAACGGCGUCAACAUCGUUCAAGGCUUCCCCGCCCAAGAAGACUAUGAGAAGUACAACUAUCCCUACUUUGGCGUGACCGUUGGCCGCAUUGCCAACCGUAUCAAGGACGCUCGCAUCAAUAGCCUCAAUGGUAAGGAAGUCAUUCUCGCCGCCAAUGACGGAAAGAACCAUCUCCACGGUGGCAAGGUUGGCUGGAGCACCCGCGUCUGGGACGGUCCCAAGCCCGUUGGCACCCGUGAGGUUCCUGGUGUCGAGGGUGUCGAGGGUGGAGAGAGCGUUGCUUUUACGCUCACUAGCGAGGAUGGCGAUGAGGGAUACCCCGGUACCGUAGAGGUCACCGUUACUUACACGACGGGCACACAAAAGGUCGACGGCAAGGAUGUCACUAUUCUCGCUAUGGAGUACGAGGCUAAGCUUGUUGGCGGCGCUGAUGAGACGGUCAUCAACAUGACCAACCACUCUUACUUCAACCCCAGCGGAAAGGAGACCAUCGCUGACACAGAGAUGACUCUCCCCACAGCCAGCUACCUCGCUGUUGGCGAUGACCUCAUCCCCACCGGCAAGAUCGAGUCUUUCCCCGGCAUCACCGCCAACAAGACCUUCACUCUGGGUCCUCAAGAGCCCAACAUCGACCACUGCUUUGUUCUUAACGAGGAUCCUUCAUCUGUGCCUCUUGACACCCGCAGCCAGCCCCUCAACCUCAACGUCAAGGCUCACCACGCUGGCUCCAAAAUCAACCUUGAAGUCUACAGCACCGAGCCAACUUUCCAGAUCUACACCGGAGCUGGCAUCAACGUGCCCGCCGUCAACGGUCUGCCUGCUCGCAAGGCCCGAGCUGGUUUCUGCUGUGAGCCUGCCCGCUACGUCAACGCGGCUAACGUGCCUGAAUGGAAGAACCAGGUUCUGCUCAAGAAGGGAGAGACAUACGGCGCCAGAACAGUUUACAAGGUGUGGUCCGACUAA